GGAGGGAGGUAGGUAGGAGUAGGCAAGCAAGUAGCCAUGGCCACCUGCUCCUCUUCUGCUAACUCUACCGGCUGGCUUCUCUCUCUCUUCUUCUUCUUCUUCUUCCUCCUCCUCCUCCUGAUCCUGCCGGCGCCGCCCGUUGCGCCAUGGCGAUCAGGCUCAGGCGAGGUGGCGGCGGCGGCGAGAGCUCUCAACUUCACGAGGCAGGAUUUCCCGAGGGACUUCGUCUUUGGGGCCGGCACCUCAGCUUACCAGUAUGAGGGGGCUACAGAUGAAGAUGGAAGGACCCAAAGCAUCUGGGACACUUUUACUCAUGCAGGGAGGAUGUCCGACAAGAGCACGGGUGACCAGGCCGCCGGCGGCUACCACAAAUACAAGGAGGAUGUCAAGUUGAUGAGUGAUACUGGCUUGGAGGCCUACCGGUUCUCCAUUUCUUGGUCUAGGCUUAUUCCAAGAGGAAGAGGAUCCAUCAAUCCUAAUGGGCUCGAGUACUACAACAACCUGAUAGACGAGUUGGUUAGCAGGGGGAUUGAGAUUCAUGUGACUCUCUACCAACUGGAUUUCCCCCAAAUUCUUGAAGAUGAGUACCAUGGCUGGCUCAGCCCAAGGGCCAUCCAGGACUUCACGGCGUACGCAGACGUGUGCUUCAGGGAGUUCGGCGACCGCGUGAGGCACUGGACCACCCUGGACGAGCCCAACGUGAUCGCCCUCGCUGCCUACGACGGCGGCGGCUUCCCGCCGUGCCGCUGCUCGCCGCCGUUCGGGGCCAACUGCACCGCCGGCGACUCCACCGUGGAGCCGUACGUCGUCGCUCAUAACCUCAUCUUGGCGCAUGCCUCAGCUGUCAGGCUGUACAGGGACAAGUACCAGGUUAAGCAGAAGGGCGUCGUUGGUAUCAACCUCUACAGCUACUGGUCCUACCCGUUCUCGCCCAGCUCUGCAGACAUCCAAGCAACUCAGAGAGUCCUGGACUUCACGAUCGGUUGGAUACUGGACCCCUUGGUGUAUGGAGACUACCCUGAAAUCAUGAAGAAGAGAGCCGGGUCCAGGAUCCCAUCCUUCACAAAAGAACAGUCUGAGCUCAUCCGUGGGAGUGUUGAUUUCAUUGGUAUCAACCAUUACACGUCGGUGUACAUCGGCGACGGAUCAAGCAGAGAAAAGACCAACCUUCGGGACUACAAAGCUGACAUGGCUGUAAAAUUCAGAGUUUUGAGGAAUGAUACACCGUCUGAUAAGCUCCUAACCGAACCGAAGGGGCUGCAAUGUAUGCUGGAAUACCUCAGGGACGCAUACCAAGCCAUUCCUGUUUAUGUUCAAGAAAAUGGUUCUGGGCAGCCCUCUAAGGACGAUUCGCUCAAUGACACUGAAAGAGUGGAGUACUUGAGUCUCUACAUGGGGAGCACGUUAGCUGCACUAAGGAAUGGAGCUAAUGUGAAAGGUUACUUUGUUUGGUCAUUCCUGGAUGUGUUUGAGCUGCUAGCAGGAUACCGUACGCGAUUUGGCCUGCACUUUGUCAGUUUUGAGGAUCCCAGCCUUCCCAGGCAGCCAAAGCUCUCUGCUCACUGGUACUCCAAGUUCCUGAAGAGUGAAAUUGGGAUUAACAUUGGAAACAUGAUUAGUCCCGAUGAGGAUGAUGAGCAUGCUGAUAUCUGAGCUUGUCAGGUGUGCAUGGUUUUUGGCUGAGGAAGAAGAAGAAACAAGGACACUGACUGUCAUGAUAUUCAGUUGGAAGAAAUGUUUCUUUGAUAGGUUUGUUAUUGUUUGCCAUUUCUCACACUUAGAAGUUGAAUAAUCAGAUGGAACAAAGACAAGUCUAUAGUUAAAUACUGAUUGUCCGCUGAUGUCUGAAUAAAACCUCAUUUCAAGUUAUGCAAACGAAUUAUCGGAAUGUCGCAUGUGAUUAUCCCAAGUUUCUCUCCAGAA